GAGAAGAAGGGGGGACUAACUCUCCUGGCCCUGCGGCCGCUAGUGAGGACGGGUUCGCCCCGGUCCUCACUGCGGGCCAGAAGAAAAAGCAAACGAAAAAACAGAAGGCUCACGCAGCGGAAAACGCUACUGACCCGUCAACUGCUGAUCAACAAACGGCAGAAGCAGCAGAGGUGCUGACCAUUGUCUCGGCUCUGAAAAAAAAAAGAAGAGCGGAGACAGCUCUAACGGGGGGGACGAAUCCAAACAGGAUUCAGCCGCCCGAAGCCACGACGACAACAACAACGACGACGACAGCGACAACUCCGGCAGCAACGACGAGGAGGGCGCACUCAGCGAGCCGGGCUCACGCGGCGUUGCAGGCGAUAUGCUGGAUGACGACAACGUCCUAGGGGGGGGGCGCCUGAUCCCGGACAGUGCUCUCGAGCGGUUUGUUGUGGGUGCGCUCAAACAUGCGGUCAAGACAAAAACCGACCCACCCGGCUUUGUGAUCCAGCUAGCGCUGGGAACCUCCAUCCCCGACCCCGUGAUCGGCCAGCUCAGCAACCAGAACGAAUCGCUGACAGCGCGGGUCAAUGCCCUCGAGGAAGCCAUCGAACACGGCAACCACGUCUCCAGCAUCACCAAAAACACGAAGGACCGGUCGCGCGACAAGAAAGCCAAGAAAACCCCGGCAAAUCGGGACAAUAGCGCCAAAACGGUGACCUCGCGGAACCGCGCCGCCGGUCGGGCAGGUCAAGAUGGGAAAUCGACCAGCAAGAAACCGCGCACUCAACAACGGGAAUGCGACUCCUAUUUGUGCAAGCACACAAACGGGAGGUUCUCCCACAGCCGUGCGGACUGCCACCAUGAAUCUAUCCUGAAAAAGCACAAGUUGACGAUAGUGCGGGACACGUAGGGUUGUCCACGGAAGCUAGGUUCCUCGGCUGAUGAGGGAAAAGAGUCGCUGGGGAAAUACCAGUACACGGAACGAGGGGGGCCGAACACCAAGCCACGUGGAAAUGUACCAAGUCGGACAAGAGGGAUAAGGAGCACCGAAAAAGCGUGUUCACCCUCUGGUAGGAAGUAAUCUUGAAGCAGACAAGGUGCAUCGGAAAAAAGCAGCCGUAGUACUACGUGGUAGGCAGCCGUGCGUGAUAGGUCAACAGUCGCGUAAGGCAUGUCUCGACAGGAGUGCUCCAGUAGCAGCGCAGGUGGACACCGUUGCCCUAGUCAACAGUAGCGUUUAAGCCGCAACAGGCGCGGAUAGAGUAAGACUAUUUAGCGGUCGAACGAGCACCGCAGGCUCUAUACGUAGCUACAGUAAUGGAGGUCUCAAGUCGAAGCAUAGGUCGAGAAGUUUGACUGCCGAAAAUAAUAAUGAGUAUUUUCUGCAUUCCACAUGUCAGCGCUAGCUGGAUACCCUGAAAAUCCAUCUGC